CGGUUUACGCCAUGGAGGAAAUGGAGAUUUCGGAUCCACAAAACAUUGAACAAAACGGCCUUCAAAACGAGCAAAACGGCCAUCAUCAAGGCAAUACAGUAAUUGAGGAGGAGGCAUGUGUUAAAGAGAGGGAAACUACCCAAACCGAUCACCUGAAUAAGAAACUUUUGUCGUCUUUUCUUGAUCGUUUAAACGAGUCCUCUGCAAACUCGUCUUCCUCACAUCCGACAACUGGCUUCUCUGACGGUUCUCCAAACAAUAAUCUUAACAAUCGUGACAGUGAAUGGUCAAAUUGAAUGAGGGCCAAUAGAUAAUAUUUCAAAAGUAUUGAAUAAAAAUUUGGAAUGGGAAGGUUAUUUAUCAUUGGAAUUGGUGGUGUUACUUGUGGGGGAAAGACCACAUUGACAAACAAACUUCGUGACCUGUUUCCCAGGUCAGACAUGCUUUUUCAAGAUGAUUUUUACUGGCCAGAUGAUAGUGAGCAUCAUACAUUUGAUGAGUAUCCAGAUUAUGUAAAUUACGAUAUGUUGGGUGCUUUUGAUAUGGACACAAUGGUGCAGAAAGUUCACAAACUGAAGAGAGAAGUGGAGGAAUUGUCCGAGUCAAGAUUUCUGCUCGUUGAGGGCAUCUUGAUAUUCAACCACAGGGACCUGUCAUCAUUGUUUGAUAAAAAGUUUUUUCUGACGUUGCCAAAAGAGGAGAGUUUUAAAAGGAGGAAGUUGCGUGAGUAUCUCCCACCCUUACCACCCGACUAUGAUGAGAGGGUGACAUGGCCAAUGUAUUUGAAACAUAAGAAAGAGAUCACUAAUCAGAGAGACAUAGUUUAUCUUGACGGAACCAUGCUGCAGGAGGAUGUCCUUCAAUUCGUAAAAAAAGAAUUAGUGAAAUUGACUGAAGCUGUCUAGGUCAGACUAGAUGCACUUAUAUUCAAUAGGAUUAGGAAUAGACUAAUGAGAUGAUUCGUUUGUGACUCUGGCUCAGUGAGCAGCCCUGGAUUUUGCGUUUGAGAAAUGGACUAUAUUCAGGGAUUCAGUGAAUGAAGAUCUUUGCUGCUUGACUGGCUGCUGUAUAUUUACAUUACAUGUGUGUGAUUGAAAACAGAGUCACUAACUGUUUUGAGAUUUUGCAUGGAUCCUAAGUAGUCAGUGACCAAUGUUUGUAGUUGGAUACGAACUGUGGCAUGCGUGAUGUAAGAAAUGGAGGGUCAUGUUCUUUUCUCCUUGUUAGAUCAGCCACAAAGCAUGAUUUAUGAACUUGCAUACAAAUGAUUUAGCAAAAAUGAAGGCAGAUGUACAAGUCCAAUUAGAGACUACAUGAAGUCUUAGGGUACUUUAUUAGUCUUGAGGGGUCACAAACAGUUAGCUUAUGAAAACAAAAUAAUGCAUGCAUUCCUUCACUUCUUAUUUGCCGUUCAUACAAAGAUACCCGUAGACGAUACUUUUGUGUCAAGAAAGAGUUUAUAAAAACAAAACUGUUAUAUUCUAAAAAGUCAUUUUGUUUAUUUUGUGUAACUGAAUACAGAGGGCUGAUAUUACAACAAUUUA